CGUCUUCGCCCGCGGGGCAGAGACGCGCGUGCGGAAGGUGCGCGCAGUGAUGGUGAUGUCGGACCUUCUGCGGCUGCUGUCAGGAGCGCGCGGGCGCACGUUGCAAACUCUCCCCCAGCUCUCUGCUAAACGAUGUGCAAUGCAUUUGGGCUGCGGUAUCCGCCUACAUUGAACGUCAGAUGACCAUACAAAAGGGGGUCCACCUGGCAGGACUGGGGACCUUCACCUUUUCUCAGCAGAAGUCGGACACAGGAAACAAGCGCACAACGACCCAACGACCCAUCUUUCUCUUGGCUGGGAGACUCAUCCAGUCUCUUGGGUUAAAGCAGGUCAGACCACUGGCUGCAGCAACUAAACUGCCAGUGGUGCAACUGAACUUUGCAGCCGUGUCACAAGGGACUCAAUUCAGUCGAGACGUAGUGGAGGGCUGCGUCAGAGAAACUCUUCUUCUCCUCUUCAGAGCUUUGGCUUCCGAACAAGACAUAUUCCUCACCUUCCAGGGGAUUGGAGUUUUGUCCUUCAAGAACAACAAGGUGCGGAUGAAGUUCAGCAGAGGUUUUAUUGAUGCUACGGGUGGAACCGGUCGGCCGCUGUCUAACAAUAGACCCGAGAGCGGUGGCUCUUCACUGUCUGGUGGUCCGUCCAGGCUUCAGAGGACACUGACCGCCAACCCCGUCACCCUGCCAACUGUCUGCUCUCCUCAGCCGGACAACAAAGCCGGGGACAAAGACGCUUGGUGCUCGUCACCAGCUCCAGACCAGAGGAAUGCAGGAGUGUUGUGUGUCCCUACAGAAGUUCCCCAACAGAGAGAAGUUAAAUCCCAUCAGCCACUGCAGCCUGCCACGGUGAAAGCUGUCCGCCUGUCAGAAGAACUGAAAGCAAAACCCCCCACGCAGACCACAGACAAGCGCAGCACCUCCGUCACACCAGCAGCGCUCACUCCCGAACACCUGACCCUCAGCUGCUCCGGCCACACCCGCGCUGGACAGGAACUGUGCUACCUGUGUAUGCAGCGGGCACAAAGAAAUGUUCCGGUCUACCUGAGGGGGCUGCAGCAGGCAGAGGAGAGGACUCAGGAGAAACUCUUACUGCUGAAAGCACAGCAGAGAGACAAGCUGUGCAUGGACCAAGAACAAGAGACGCUGAAUGAGCAGCGUAAGCAUGCAAAGCACGUUGCAACAUUUAACCUGCAAAUGUCGGAGAAGAAAGAGAAGAUUCGCUGCCCUCUCUUCCCUGCCUCAUUUGUCUUCCCGGCUCGACCCUUCACACCCGCCAGGAGGAUCCAGCAACAUCUGUACAAGAACGAGCUCCAGAGCCAGAUGGAGGCACGGCGGCAACGCGAGGCCCAGGACCAGCAGAGCCGGCUGCUCGGGGAGCACCUGGACCAGGUCCAGCUCGUCCAGGAGGCAGCUUUGCAGAAGGUCCAGCAGCUCCAGCAGAAACACGAGAGGACUACGCAUUACAGGAGGGCUCUGGACACGCAGGUUGGAGAUAAGAAGUGCGCAGAUCCUCCUGAGUGUCAAGCUGACGACUCCGGCUUCAACCGCUGCCAGACGGCAGCCAACAACGCAGAAGGCCGUGAGAGGGCACAGAAGCUCUUCGAAGUCAAUUUCAGUGCUGCCGCUCAGCAGAAGAAAGAAAAACUGCACAACCGCCUCGCCGAGCUGGAGAGAGAGAGAGAAGUUCUGAAACACAACAAAAUGGAGUUUACAAAGGACCACAUCAACCGCUUUGAGAAGAAGCGGGACAUCAGUAAGUCACUGGAGGACGAGUGGAGUCGCAACGCAGGGCUCAAACACCAGCGAGAGGAAGAGGAGAGGCGCUUCCUCAGGUCUGCUGGUGAGCUACUGGUAGAUAAACUGGCACAGUACAGGCGCUGCUGCCAGUGUAAGAGGAGGACCACCAACUGUGGGGAGACAAACAUCUGGAAGGACUCUCGCUACCUCUCUGGCUCACAGUUCAUGAUGUGAUGAGGAGCGUAGCCGGCGGCAGCUACAACUUCAACGUCAAUACCUCAGAUCCCAAACGAGAUCUCGAUCCUUGUACCUUAACACAGUCACUUAAGAUUGAACAUUGAAGGGUACGUUUAGCAUAUGUGAAACAUUUACAUUGAUUGGCUGUAUAAUGUGAGAUUUCUUCUUCUUCCUCCUUAAAAUCCAAGAUAGCUGGAGAGAUGUUUAUGAUAAUACUGUUUAUGAGCACUUAAACUCCCCCCUGGCAGACUCAAUAGACUACGACGUGCGCUGCUGGUAACUACGCAAGGGUUUGAGUUUGUGUUUGAGGUCUUUUAGAGGGAAUUACCCACCAGUCAUUGCAAUGCUACGUUACAGACGGGCGCGGCCACGGUUUGGCUACCACCGUUCCUGUGUUUGCUAGCUAGCUAGUUAGCAUGACUUACAUUCAGUUAAAACAAUCAAGUGUCACAUAGUGUGGCGAGUUGUUUUUACUGAAUUACAGCAGGUUAAAUCAUUGUUGCUGAUUUAUUGUCUAAGACUUUAUCUGGAAGAUAAAAAACAAUAUUUUCUGUGCACAGUA